GUAUUGUGUAUGCAAGUCUCUUUGCGUAUGAACAUUACCUCCUUAGGCCCAUGCCAGUACACCGAAGCACAAACAGGCGAGACUUUCGCGCGUCAAAAUGCUUCAUGCUAACAAGGCGAUCAAGAAUGAAACGCCAAAUGUACUUGUAUCAGAUGUCGCCAUCGAUACAAAGCCACCGCGAGGUAGUUUGUUGGCACAGCUCGAUGCAAAUCUGAAUGUAAACAACCUCUCCAGCCCAAGUACAUCUGCGCGACGAGCCCCAACAUUGAAGGCGUUCGUGUCAUUACCAUCGAGGCGCGGAACUGCCGGGACUACUGUAAAGCCUGAGCCGGCUGAUACUGUCAUUCCCCGAAAGCGCACUUCCUCGUCUCUCAUGUUUCUGGGCGCGGAGGACGAGGAAGAAAAAUCUAGUGUCUCCACUCCCUCCGUAUCUAAGCGCACAACUCUUCAGCCACCCAAGACACUUCUGGCGCUCGUCAAUUCCAACACGCAGCCUUCGCAAGGCCACAUUCCCGUACAGCUCGCAGAUCAAAAGGCUGUGCUUCCUGUGGCUUACCAGCCAUCCUUGCACCGCAGUUCUGAUGAAACUCGUUUAAGGAUCGCCAACAUUCAGAACGACUUAAAUUCCCUGGCUAAGCUUUCUAAAUUGACGAAAGACAGGACCAUCGGUCAAGGAUCUUCUGCUAUGACUUUUCAGGUUCCUAGCCACAAUGGCGACGAUGCCGGAUAUUCUUAUCCAGCGCUUAACCGCCAGCCUAUUGCAUCGGGAUCACGCGUUCGUCUCAACGUUGCUAUGGGGUCGGACACAGACUCGGAGGGGGAUUGGGAUUGGGAGCUGCCUGAUAUCUUGGGUGGUGCUGGCAUUCGUGAUGCACGCUUUGACGAGGAUGGUGACUUCUAUGGCAGAGGGAAAGACCUCUUUAUUGGACCGACUGCGAACCCGGGCGAUAUUGACAAGUUUUUGAUCGCUGCUGGUAAUGCGGAGCAAUUCGAUGGCAAUGCCAGUGUCGACAGGGCCCUUGAAAAACUCGGACUGAAGAGCCUGUACGAUCACCUUCCGGGAAUGGCCAUUUCUUUGUUGGCUCACCAGGUUAUCGGUGUCGCAUGGGCGUUGGAACGUGAGAAAUGUAGCGACAAGGGAGGCUGUUUGAGCGAUGAGAUGGGCUUAGGGAAGACGGUGCAGAUAAUCUCGGUGAUCAUCGCCAACCCCUCCGGUGACCCUAGAUGCAAGACGAACCUUAUCGUCGCUCCGUUGGCUUUACUGGAUCAAUGGAAGCUUGAGAUCGAGAUGAAGACCACCAACAAUUUGAAAUGUCUAGUUUACCAUGGUUCCAACAAACCCCGCAAGAAGACCGACCUGAUGAAGUAUGACGUCGUGUUAACUACUUAUCAUACUCUCGCACUGGAAUGGCCAGACCUGGAGGCGGAAGAAAAGGCCAAGCAGAAGGCUCAAAAGCGCAAGAAGAAGACCAAUUCCUUCAUCGAAAGCGAUUCGGGAGAUGACAGGAAACCUAAGAAGAAAAAGAAAGAAUUGGGGCUUCUCUUCCAAGUCCAAUGGUACCGUGUUAUUCUUGAUGAAGCACAGAACAUUCGCAACCGGCGCACAAGAAUAUCUCGUAGCGUCACCGAUCUUGACACGACCUACCGUUGGUGCCUCACAGGCACUCCCAUUAUCAAUGGCCUAGUUGAUGCAUACGCGCUAUUUCGCUUCCUUCGCUUCCGUCCUUGGUACGAUUGGCAAGAGUUUAAUGGUCACGUCUCCAUCAUCGAGAAAAAGAAUCCUGAAUUGGCAAGCACGAGACUCCAGGCUAUCUUCAAAUCAAUUAUGCUGCGUCGCAAGAAGGAUACAAUGUUGGAUGGCAAGAGGCUCAUCGAGCUUCCCACAAAACAUGUAGAAAUGGAGAAAUUGAAAUUCUCCCAGGAAGAGCUCGAAAUAUACCAGAUGGUCGAAGCUCGCUCCCAAGCUAAAUUCAAUCGUUUUCUUCGUGCUGGCACUGUCUUGAAAAAUUAUCACCAAGUUCUUGUGAUGCUCUUGCGUCUCCGACAAGUGUGCUCCCACCCCGCUCUUAUUCAAGAGACUUCCGAAGCCCUUGUUGCAGCAGAUCAGUUGGAUGGCGGGCAUAACCUCAAGGCUGAGCUGGCCCGCGCAGUUCGACUGGUAUCAUCAGAUUUUGUGACGAAGCUGAAAGCAAAGUAUUUUCAGUGCGCGCUGGCACGUAUACAGGCAGAAAAAGAGUCCCUGGAUGCCACUGCCGAUGGUGAGGAAUGCCCUAUCUGUAUGGACACGUUCACCGAGGCACGUGUCACGGCAUGUGGUCAUACUUUCUGUCGCGAAUGCAUUGCCAGCGUCCUUAAUACUCCCUUUGUCCAAGACGCGGAGGAUUCUCGUAAAUACCGUAGUAAUGAGAAGCCUUGUCCUAGCUGCCGCGAUCCCAUUUCUGCAGAUGCUGUUUUCAUUCGCGAAGCAUUCGAACCCACUGAUGCCGAGUUAUCGGGAGAUGUAUCGGCAUCUUCCGAUGACGAGAUGCCUGAGAUCUCUGAUAUGAUGCUUCGGGAAUCGAAGGGCAAAGGCAGGGCUAGGCGCAUUCGUAAAAAGCGUGCUGUGUGUGACUCGGAUGAUGAAUCGGAAGAUGAUGAUGAUGACGACGACGACAUCAGUGAUUUCAUUGUCGAGGAUGGCGAGGAUGAAGAAGAGAAGGAUGCCAGGCGCGACAUCAAGAAACGUCUGAGAAAGCGCCGCGCGAUGGUCGUUGAGUCUGAUGAUGAACUUGAUGCAGAUGAGAGAGAAGUGGUCAUAGGUCGGAACUCCAGGAAAGUGCCUGCUUCCAUGGGUCAAGUUAAAAUGAUGUCGCGCUUUCUUCCUUCUACAAAGAUGAAUCACAUGAUGGAGCAUCUAGAGAAGUGGGCCAAGCGAAGUCCCGGCGACAAGACCAUAAUCAUAUCACAGUGGACCGAAUGUCUCAAACUUGUCUCCGACUUCCUUGCGGAGAAGAAGAUACCCCAUGUCAAGUACCAAGGAUCCAUGAGUCGCAGUCAAAGGGACCAGGCUGUUCGAGUGUUCAUGAUGGGCAAUACUGCACAGGUCAUGCUUAUGUCCCUGAAAUGUGGAGGUGUUGGGUUGAAUUUGACAAGGGCCAAUCGCGUCAUUUCACUGGAUCUUGGCUGGAGCGAAGCAAUCGAGAGUCAGGCGUUUGACAGAGUCCACCGUCUGGGUCAACAGAAAGAUGUCUUCGUGCAGAGGUUGGUCAUUGCCAAUACUGUCGAGGAUCGUGUUCUGGCUCUCCAAGAGCGCAAGCGAAACCUUGCGGAUGGCAGCCUUGGCGAAGGCUCUGGAAAGAAGAUUGGCAGGAUGAGUGUCCGUGAACUGGCAAAUUUGUUUGGUCUCGACCACCGAGGCAACCUUCUUUGAUGAGAAGCAUAGGACUGCAUAACCCAAAAAAAUUUCCACUCGUGUGUGCUUCAUUCUUUUCCUGCUACUGGCGUUGUAAAUUGUUCUGGCGGCUAUCAUUAUCCUAAUUCAUCGAAUUUGUAGACGUAUACCUCGCAGAUGUUAUACCUUAGAUCACGGUUUUUUGUAGUCCUCAGUAAAUAACUAUUAGCGUAUAAUUCUCAAUUCAGUCUAUGUAUUUAUAAACCAUGUGGAGCUAGUAGCGUAGUUGGCCAAUCCAAAUCGUUCGUCGUGCAAGCUCAAGUUCAUGAAACUAACCUUUAUGGUGGAUUUGUG